CGAAAAUGUGUUAUUCCAAACUGAAAGAACAGCAUCGACCUGUCUUGUUUCCAUUUUUCCAUUACUGUUCCUUCUGAUCCGAAAGAAACUACAAAACAAAACCAAAGCAACUGCUUUGCUUCCUUGCUGUCUCUCUCCUCCAAUGGCGAAGAAGCCAGCCUCAUCCAUCUUCGACACCCUGAAGCGCUACAUCAAGAAGCCAUGGGAGUUCACUGGCCCACAAUCCCACCCAGAAUACAGAAACUCUAUUCUCCCCGCCACCCAGUACCGUGUGGAGAGCCCUGCCUCCACCAAGGUCCAGCCAUGGGUCCCCACUUCAAACCCGGAGACCGUCUUCGACAUCAAGUACUACACUCGCGACCAGCGUCGCAACCGCCCUCCGAUUCGCCGGACUGUGCUCAAGAAAGCUGAUGUGGAGAAGAUGAUGAAGGAGACCACCUUCGAUGUCAAAGACCUUCCCAGACCCUAUCUCGCUGUUGCGGUGCAGGAGGACUUGGAUACUCACGGUGGAGGGUACCAGAAAUAGGCUUGGAUUGUGGUGAAAUGGUUGUGCUCCGGUCUUCCGUCUGUUUCUCCCUGUUUUGCUCCUUGACUGAGGUUAUUCCAGAGUAUAGAUUUGCAUAGACUGUCCAUUAAAGAGGAUAUGUCUUUGAAUUAAUAAAUUUGUUUACCUUGCCUGCAAUUGGGUUUUAUUUCCAUUUUCUUCUUGCAUUCAGAUGUUUGUACAAAAUCCAAAUAUAACCGCAGGUUCGGUGCUGGAUGACUUAGAUGAUUUUGAAAUCUCAAACUUCUAGUUUUGUUUUGUUUUACAUGUGAUGAUCUAGUGAAACUCUUCAGUGUCAUUGUCUUUUCACCACUGCAACUAAAUAAACAU